AUGGAUGCUAAACUAGAUGCUGUAUCUACUAAGGGCAUUGUGUCCAUUACCUUACAAGAGACCAGGGAAGAUGAGGAUGACACGCAGACGGUCGCUGAGAUCAUGGCAAGAUGUUUUAUUCCAACUCUGAUAACAACCAGUUCCUGGGAAGGCUUUCACUUUGUUGGUCAUGAGAUUCGGAUUACUGAGGCCACAGAUUGUUAUGGUGCCGUGGUUUGGCCAUCGGCUCUUAUUCUAUGCUAUUUCCUGGAAACACAUGCAAAGCAAUUUAACAUGGUUGAUAAAAAUGUGAUUGAAAUUGGAGCUGGCACAGGGUUAGUUUCCAUCGUGGCAAGUUUACUUGGUGCUCGAGUGACUGCCACAGACUUACCUGAAUUACUUGGAAACCUACAAUAUAAUAUUUCUCGAAACACCAAAAUGAAAUGCAAGCAUUUGCCUCAGGUUAAAGAACUCUCCUGGGGAGUAGCUUUAGAUGAAAACUUCCCCAAGUCUUCUAACGAUUUUGACUAUAUCCUGGCAGCAGAUGUUGUGUAUGCCCAUCCUUUCCUGGAAGAGCUCCUCAUUACCUUUGAUCAUCUCAGCAAAGAGGUUACCACCAUCCUCUGGGCCAUGAAAUUCAGAUUGGAGAAGGAAAAUAAAUUUGUAGAUAGAUUUAAGGAGCUGUUUGACCUGGAGGAAAUUUCCAGUUUCCCUAGCCUGAAUAUUAAAUUGUACAAAGCUAUGAAGAAAAAAUCAGAGGCGUGCAUAAUAUCCAUAAAUGAGGACACUGAAGUGCCAAGGCAGUUCCUAGUGGAUUAUAGCUUUAAAGGAAACCUGAAAUAAACUGAUGUACCACUGACUUUCCCAAGGGCACACACACACACACACACACACAC